CUACAUAGAUCUAUAGAAUCGGUUACUAUAUCCUGAAUCGCACAAAAGAGAUAAAAACCGUAAAUAUUGUGUGAUUAGUUUAGUCGGUGUCAAAAAUAUAGAAUUUGAGUAUGCAAGAGAAGAUUGAAUCAAAAUAAUUCCUUUUUUUAAAGUAAAGUUCUAUUUCUGUCAGAGGGCAAUAUGAAUGGUAUAUCAUGUUCCAUCAACGCACUAAACGGGUUAUACGAUAUCUCUGGUGUGGAAGUAGGCCAACAUUUCUAUUGGCAAAUAGGAGGUUUCCAAGUCCAUGCCCAAGUACUUAUUACUUCUUGGGUUGUAAUUGCUAUCUUAUUAGGUUCCACCAUUAUCGCUGUUCGGAAUCCACAAACCAAUCCAACCGCGGGUCAAAAUUUCUUCGAAUAUGUUCUUGAAUUCAUUCGAGACGUGAGCAAAACUCAGAUUGGAGAAGAAUAUGGCCCAUGGGUUCCCUUUAUUGGAACUAUGUUUCUAUUUAUUUUUGUUUCUAACUGGUCGGGUGCUCUUUUACCUUGGAAAAUCAUACAAUUACCUCAUGGAGAGUUAGCCGCACCCACGAAUGAUAUAAAUACUACUGUUGCUUUAGCUUUACUCACGUCAGUAGCAUAUUUCUAUGCGGGUCUUUCCAAAAAAGGAUUAGGGUAUUUCAGUAAAUACAUUCAACCAACUCCAAUUCUUUUACCCAUUAACAUUUUAGAGAAUUUCACAAAACCCUUAUCACUUAGUUUUCGACUUUUCGAGAAUAUAUUAGCUGGUGAAUUAGUAGUUGUUGUUCUUGUUUCUUUAGUACCUUCAGUCGUUCCUAUACAUGUCAUGUUCCUUGGAUUAUUUACAAGUGGGAUUCAAGCUCUUAUUUUUGCAACUUUAGCUGUGGCUUAUAUAGGCGAAUCCAUGGAAGGUCAUCAUUGACUAGUUUUUGUUUUUGAAAUAGUAUAGCCCUUUUUUUUUAACUUAGUCCAAUACAAUGUAUGCACAACUUAAGAUAAUCUACUUACUUAGGGACCAUAAAUAUACAAAUACGACGAUCUAGAGUAAUAACAAAAAAGAUUACGAUAUUAGAGAAUUCUAAUAAAAAAAAUGAAGAGAUCUAAUCUAAAAGAUCUUUUUCCUAAAAUUAUGGUUUGGUCCAUCUUUUUAUUACUUAUAUUUAUAUCAUAUUUACCUUCAAUCAAUAUUAUCUUUAUAUUGAUAUUGUUUUUGUUUAUUCAAUUUCAAGUCCUAAUUAGAAUAGGAAUUCGUAUGAUAUUAAUUUAGGGUCUAUGAUUUUCAAUUUUAAAAAGCUGUUCUUUCUAUAGAAUGAUUCCCAUUUCACUAUAGAAUGAUUCCCAUUUCAGCCGAUUUCAUUCAAUUCAAUGAUUGACCAAAAGAAAAUUUUAUUUUAAUAAAUAAAUAAUAAAUUGCAUGAACUUAACUUAGCUCAAUCAAAUGCUGAUAUUGAUUUUUUUAUUUUUAUGCAAUGAUUUGGUCUAAUAAAUUCGUCCAUUUAGAUUGUAUCCAUGUGACAUAAUGAUAAAUAAAAGGAAGAGACAAAUUUACAAAAAACAAUAUUAAAAAAAUGAUUAGGAAAAAAUAAAAUAAAAAAAGGGGUAGAAUUAGGUAUAUGGAAUCUAAUGGCUAUAAGACAGCUCUUGUCUAUCCUUUGAGGAAUAAUUCUAGAAUCCAAUUGAAUCUAAGAUAUGAAAGAUUGGUUUACGUUAUGUAAGAAACACAUGUAUAUGGGAUAUUAGAUAUUGACUAGUUAUAUAUGAACUCAAAAUAGAUCUAAUCCAGCCCACUACUGUGGAGUUAGAUAGGGAUUCCAAUAGAAGAAUAGAAGUUCUUAUGUUUCGUCUUUGACUCUGAAUUGAAUGAAUAAAGAGAUAAAAUGAAGACAAAAAUGAAGAAUUCAAAGUAAGGAAUGGGUUGGAAAAAGGAAGGAAAUGGAAUAACAAAGUAUGCGCGGAUUCACAAAAAUCCAGUGGAUAGGAACUAAAAAAAAGAUAUCGAAAUAGUUCUGACGGUUCAAUAAUCUUCAAUCUUCUCACUUCCAUUCGGAGUUCUUAGUUACUUCGGCAGGUUGAAUCUUAGCGAUGGAAUAAUAUAAUUAAGUCAAAAUUCAUUGGAUGAUUGUAUCAUUAACACUUUCUUUAUUUCGGUGCGAGGAACUUAUCAUGAAUCCACUGAUUUCUGCCGCUUCCGUUAUUGUUGCUGGGUUGGCUGUCGGGCUUGCUUCUAUUGGACCUAGAGUUGGUCAAGGUACUGCUGUGGGCCAAGCUGUAGAAGGUAUCGCGAGACAACCCGAGGCAGAGGGAAAAAUACGAGGUACUUUAUUGCUUAGUUUGGCUUUUAUGGAAGCUUUAAUAAUUUAUGGGCUGGUUGUAGCAUUGUCACUUUUAUUUGCUAAUCCCUUUGUUUAAUCCUAUAAGCAUGAGAAUUAUGUAUUUUUUUUCUUAGUUUAUGGCUUGGAACUUACUCCUCGCUUUUUCGAAUUAUAUCAAGAUUUCACUCCUACAAUUAAUUAUUCGUUGGGACAAUAAUCCAUGGGAAGGAUUAAUUUGAGGAUGAGGAAUUAUCACACUAACUCGCUUUCUUCCUUCCCCUUCUUAGUUCAAGAGAAACCUUUUUUAUUAUUUAUGUUUAUUUUUUAUUAUUUAUGUUUAAAGGAGUGUUGCAACAAAUAAGGUAUUUUGCCAUUGACAUGAAACCUACCCACUAAUUCUAAUAAGAAUUAUUAUUAUUGGAAUUUUCAAUUGAAAAAAAA